AUGAGCUUUCUCAAUGUGAAGCUGAAGAUGUCCACUUCUUUCCACCCCCAAACUGACGGCCAGACAGAAAGAGUUAACCAGACCCUGGAACAUUACUUGCGGAGUUAUUGUUCAUAUCAACAGGAUGACUGGGCAGACCUCUUGCCUUUGGCAGAGUAUGCAUACAACUCGGCAGUCUCUGAGUCUACCAAAGUAUCAGCUUUCUAUGCCAACUAUGGUUAUGAACCCAGGACCAACUGGCCGGCCCCAAAGGAAGGUGUUGAAUGGAAUAAUACAGCAAGCGAGGUCAUGGUAUCUCAAUGGGAAUCUAUCUGGCAGGCUAUGAAUGCAAGCUUGGGAAAGGCUAGACUAAGGAUGACCCGGUGGUAUGAUGCACAUGCCCUGGAACCACCUGAAAUCAAGCCUGGAGAUGAAGUCAUGCUAGACCGGUGCAAUGUGCAAACGAAGCGACCAUUGGGAAAAUUGGAUCAGAAGAAGAUGGAACCCUUCAAGGUCUUAGAAGCUAUUGGUACCUGUGCCUACAAGCUCUCUCUUCCCCCGCCGAUGGGAAUCCACCCUGUCUUCCAUGUGUCUCUCCUAGAACCCUAUAGAGCACCAGUAGACCCUGAGAGAAGAGUUCCCCCACCGGAACCUGAGGAAAUUGCAGGAGAACAGAACUGGAUAGUUCGGGAAGUAGCUGAUAGCCGAGUCAAUAAGAAGAGGAGAAGAGUGGAAUACCUGGUGCUGUGGGAAGGUUAUGAGAAUGAGGACGCUACAUGGGAACCAUGGGGACAUCUCAGAAAGAGUGCUGAGGAAGUCCUCCGGGAUUUCCACAUGAGGUAUCCUAAGAAGCCAAGAGACAAAAGGCCUCUGGGCCACUAG